GAGGAGCCUCACUUCCUAGUUUCCUCCGUAAGCCCUUCCCGCAGCCGGCCCACCUCCUGCCUGACUUUUGUGCGCCGCAGCCCGGGAGGGGAUCUGGUCCAGUGUCUGGGCUUAACUGGCCUCCUCUACCGCACCUACUGAUCAGAAACUACCCAGGUUACAGCUGCCAGGGGCUCAGUUCUGCUCACAUGGAUGGGACAGAGACCCGGCAGCGUCGGCCAGAGGAACUGGUUCUGCCACACACUCUCAGUCCUGGAAGACUCCCUGCAGCCUCAGAAGAUGGACCUCUGAGUGUGCCUGAGAGCCAAAGGGCAGUCUCUAAACCACUGGGGGCUGAGCUCAGCAGGGAGACUGCCUUAUCCAUUGGCCUUCAGGUGAUAGUCCCCUUCGUGUUUGCUGGACUGGGACUCUCUGGGGCUGGUGUACUUUUGAACUAUUUCCAGCACUGGCCGGUGUUUGUGGAGGUUAAAGAUCUAUUGACAUUGGUGCCGCCCCUGGUGGGCCUGAAGGGGAACCUGGAAAUGACGCUGGCAUCACGACUCUCCACAGCUGCCAACACUGGACAAAUUGAUGACCCCCAAGAGCAGCACAGAGUUAUCAGCAGUAACCUCGCCCUCAUUCAGGUGCAGGCUACUGUCGUGGGUCUCCUGGCUGCUGUGGCUGCCCUGCUGCUGGGCGCUGUAUCUAAGGAGGAGUUAGACUUUGCAAAGGUGGAGUUGCUGUGUGCCAGCAGCAUCAUCACUGCCUUCCUUGCCGCCUUUGCUCUAGGAAUGCUGAUGGUCUGUAUAGUGAUUGGUGCUCGGAAACUCGGGCUCAACCCAGACAACAUUGCCACGCCUAUUGCUGCCAGCCUAGGAGAUCUCAUCACAUUGUCCAUUCUGGCUUUUGUCAGCAGCUUCUUCUAUAAACACAAAGACAAUCGAUAUCUGACACCACUGGUGUGUAUUGGCUUCAUGGCCCUGAUCCCCGUGUGGGUCCUCGUUGCCAGGCAGAGCCCACCCAUCAUGAAGAUCCUGAAGUUCGGUUGGUUCCCAAUCAUCCUAGCGAUGGUCAUUAGCAGUUUCGGAGGGCUCAUCUUGAACAAAACUGUUUCUAAACAGCAGUACCAAGGCAUGGCCAUAUUUACUCCUAUCAUAUGUGGUGUUGGUGGCAAUUUGGUGGCCAUUCAGACCAGCCGGCUCUCCACCUACCUGCACAUGUGGAGCACGCCUGGUGUCCUCCCCCUGUGGAUGAAACAGUCCUGGCCUAACCCAUGCUCCACUUUCUGCACCUCAGAAGUUAAUUCCAUAUCAGCCCGAGUCCUGCUCUUUCUGGUGGUUCCAGGUCAUCUGAUUUUCUUCUACAUCAUCUACUUGGUGGAAGGCCAUUUGGUUCCAAACAGUAAGAUCUUUGUGGUGUUCUAUCUGCUAGCAAGCCUGAUCCAGGUGACAAUUCUGCUGUACCUAGCAGAAGUGAUGGUUCGGCUGACAUGGCACCAGGCCCUGGAUCCAGACAACCACUGCAUCCCCUAUCUCACAGGGUUGGGGGACCUCCUAGGGACUGGCCUUCUGACACUCUGCUUUCUUAUCAACUGGUUUUUGAGAAGUGAAGCAGGGCUGGAUGGUUUCUCAGAACCAGCAUCUGGACCUCCGUAAUGAGCCCAGGCAGCCUCAGUUGCUCAGUAGAACUUUCCUUCACACAAGCAGGGUACAGCAUACAGUUUCUCCCUGCCUGGGUCUUCUGGAAGACAGUUGACACCUUCUGGAAGAUAGUUGACACUCUGACACUGCUGUGGCCCUUUGUCAGUCUGCAAAGGACACUAACACACAUCUUUACUCUGGAGUUGGAACCUGAGUCUAUAAAGGUGAGGGAGGAGUGAAAUCAGAAGCAUUGUUAGUGUAUGAAUAUGACUACAUGUUCCUGGACAUAAGCGUGCACCCAUGUGCAUGAUGAGUGCAAAUGAGUGCAGAUGUGUGUAGAGAGCAGGGGACUCUGGCCUGAAGAUGCUGAAAGAAGAGACAUGUCCAGUACACAUGGGAGAUAUGCUGGCACUGUUCUGUGCCCAUGCAGAUGCCUGCUCUGCCCAAGCCCCAGGACUGAGCUGUGGCUUAAGUUCAGUCUUCACCAUGUCCAAGCGUUGUGGGCCAUUCUGCUGGUGUGCCUGCAAAUGCAGUCCUUCCCAGGACAGUGCUUUCUUGUACAUCCUUCAUCUGCAACCAGUAUUUAAUCCUGUUGGUAUUUUUUUCUCUUCUUCUUCUUUUUAUGUUUAUGUGAAACUUCUGUUUAGAGUUUAAUGAUUAGGGAAGUAUGAAAUAAAACAUACAGUAUAUUA